AUGAAGGAGUGGUUCAGGUGUGGCUCCUCGUCUGGAUGGCCUCCACAUCCCGACGUUCCCUGUCCGCCCACGCAGACGUCCCCGGCGUUCCGAGAGGAAGUGCUGAGUCCGGAAUGCCAUGGGGGAGGAGGAAGAGGGGGGUGGGCAGGAGGGGGAGGAGAUUCCGGUGGUCCCUGGAAUUCCGCCACUUGUGCAAAGCUGAUGAUCUUGUUUAUCCUACUUGCUCUCGUUCCGACUUGUCUGUGUUUCUCGGCGCUGCUUCCUCUGGACUGCUCGGAGAUCCACACCCAUGACCCCACCCAGCCCAGUGGGGUGUACACCAUCUUCCCUGGGGGGCCCGUCUCCCCCCUGCAGGUCUACUGUGACAUGGACACCGAUGGGGGAGGAUGGACGGUGUUCCAGAGAAGACUGGAUGGUUCCGUGAACUUCUACAGGCCCUGGGAUCACUACAAAAAAGGCUUCGGGAACCAGGGCGGGGAAUACUGGCUGGGCCUGGACAACAUUGUGCUGCUGACCAUGAGGAAGAGGAAUGAGCUGAGGGUGGACAUGGAGGACUGGGACGGGGGAAAGGUGUACGCUCAGUACACGUCCAUCUCUGUGGACCCUGAGACCUUCGGCUACACACUGCGACUGGGCAGCUUCAUCGAUGGAGGAGCAGGUGAUGGCCUGGCCUUCCACAAUGGAAUGAAGUUCAGCACCUUCGACACAGAUCAGGAUACAUCUGCUGCUGAAAAUUGUGCCAAACUCUUUCUUGGAGCCUUCUGGUAUGGUGAUUGUCAUCGUGCCAACCCCAAUGGUGUUUACAGGUGGGGGGCAGAUGGUACAGUCCGUCAAGUUGGGGUUGAGUGGAAACCCUUUAAAGGUCACGAUUACUCCCUGAAAUCCAUCAACAUGAAGAUCAGACCAGUGUCCCAAGGCUGUAGUCACCAAAGACAUUGA